GUCGGGAAUGUAUGCUUAAAACAUCCGACGGAAUGUUAUUGUUUGUGCUGGCUGGUAUUUCUGUGUCGAUGAUGGGAAUCCCUUUUGUUUCACUGUAUCCUCGCGGCCAUGUUGCACAGCUGUGGUGCUUCAGUGCCUGUUCACUAACAUAAACCCCAUCAUUCCCCACCACACCACUGCUAGCACACAGUGACACGUCCACCGACCCCUCUACUCCUUCUUACUCCAGUCCCGUCCUCCUGCUGCAUCCUCGCCCAAGAAAUCUCAUGUCAAAACGGACAAUGACAUCAGCAGUCGACGCUUAGUGUUGCCACAUCCCGAUACCUUAAUAAACCGCCGACAUGUUGAUAUAUGGCUCGUUUCCCCCUCUUGUUUGUCACACCCAUCUUCCAACUGCAUUCCACUCUUUUCCCACGCUUUAGCUCGCUUAUACACAACAACCACACACCCAUAUCACAAUGACUGCGCAAGCAGGCAAUGCUGUCCCCAAGGCUGAGAAGCUGAGCGACCUGUUCAGCCUCCAGGGAAAGGUAGUCGUCGUGACAGGAGCUUCGGGCCCCCGAGGCAUGGGCAUUGAAGCUGCCCGCGGUUGCGCCGAGAUGGGAGCCAGUGUCGCCAUCACAUACGCCUCCAGGAAAGAGGGCGCCGAGAAGAACGUGGCCGAGCUCGAAAAAGAGUACGGCGUCAAGGCCAAGUGCUACAAGCUUCAGAUUGACGACUACUCCGACUGCCAACGUCUGGUCAGUGACGUCAUCAAGGACUUUGGGAAGAUUGAUGCCUUUAUCGCCAAUGCCGGCGCCACAGCAAACGGCGGAGUCCUCGACGACUCUAAGGAAGAAUGGGAUCGCGUUGUCCAAACCGACCUCAGCGGGACAGCCUACUGCGCCAAGGCAGUGGGACCCCAUUUCAAGGAGCGCGGUACCGGAUCCUUUGUCAUCACUGCCUCCAUGUCCGGCCACAUCGCCAACUACCCUCAGGAACAGACCUCUUACAACGUCGCCAAGGCCGGCUGCAUUCACAUGGCCCGGUCUCUGGCCAACGAGUGGCGCGGCUUUGCUCGCGUCAACAGCAUCUCCCCUGGCUACAUCGACACGGGACUGUCAGACUUUAUCGACCAAAAGACUCAGGAUCUGUGGAACAGCAUGAUUCCCCUCAACCGUCCAGGGAAUGCCAAGGAGCUGAAGGGGGCUUAUGUCUAUCUGGUUAGCGAUGCGAGCAGUUACACCACGGGUGCGGAUAUUGUCAUUGAUGGCGGUUACACAUGCCGCUGAGUGCAUCGUCUGAAUGGGAGAUGAUGGGGUCAGAUGUUAGUUAUUAAUGCGGUUUUUGGUAGAUAGAGGGGCUCAGGGCUAAUGAAAGCAAACUUCUUUUCUUGCCCUCCGAUUUCGCACUAGCCAGCGGAAUGACUCGUGCGCAAGAGAAAAACAAAAGAAAAACAAAACAAAAAGUUG